AUGGGUGCUGCCCGCGGGGUGCCGCGGGGACAAGGUGUCUCCAUGGUGUCACCCGCAGGGUCCCGGCCCGGCAUGGGGGAGGCGAGUGAUGCGGACAGUGGGAUCCUGCUGCAGCCGGGUCCCGGUAUCCCGGGCUGGCCGCGGGCCGGGCAGCAGCGGGCGCUGGAGGCGCGGUUGGACGGGUGCGUGCAGGAGCUGCGCCGGCUCUGCCUGCGCGAGGCGGAGCUGACGGGGACGCUGCCCCGUGAGUACCCGCUGAGAGCCGGGGAGAAGCCGCCCAAGGUCCGGCGCAGGAUCGGGGCUUCCUUCAAGCUGGAUGAGACCCUCGUCCUGCGUGGGGCGGACCCUCUGAGCGCGCUGGAGCGGGACCUGGCGCUGCAGCUGCAGAUCGCCCGCGCCGCGCGGCGCCUCUGCCGCGAGGAGAACAUCGGCAGGAGGCUGCGGCGGCGCCGGCAGAGCGCGGCCGUGCUGGAGGAGCAGAAGCUGCGGGACCUGCAGAGCGUCCUCAACCAGCGGCGCCUCCUCUCUGCCCGGGCUGGUACCCAGGAGCCCAGCACCUCCGAUGACAGCUCCUUGUCCGACACCGUCCUGCUGGAGGAGGAGGAGACCCGGACACCGGGAGCCAGCACCCCACGGGGGGACCCUGAGGAGCCCAGCGAGGAGGAGGAGGAGGAGGGAUCAGGGUCCCCACCGGAGCCCCCCAGCCCCGACAGAGCCCAUGAGAAGGCCAAAGCUCCUGGUGUCGAUGCCGGGGAGGGGGGAACACGGAGCCCCCGGUGCUAUCCUGGGUCCCCACCGGUCCCCAGUAGCCCUGACCCUGUGUCCUCAGCAGUGGGCAGGCCCGGGGAUGUCCCUCCCUACCGCUUCGUACCCAUCCGGACCCUGGUGCUGUGCCGGCAGGCGGGAUCCAGUGCUCCCAGCAGCCCGGAGCCAGCGGGACGCCGGGGACAGUCCCAGUCCCUGAGGGUCGAGGGCUCCCGGCCGCAGGAGCCUCGGGGCCGCAGCUCCGUCCCCCGCCGGCGCCCCACGUACUACACGGUGACGGUGCCCGCAUCCUGCCUGCCCCCUCCGGGCCCCGCGCACCGCUCCGGCUCCGACGACAGCAUCUCGGACCUGUCCAGCGUCUCGCACGCCACAUCCCCGGGCAGCAGCAGCCCCGAGGUCCCGGUCCCGCAUCCCCCGGUCCCACCGCCCCUUCCCGACCCCGCUUACUUCCCGCGGGGACCCCAGCGGCUGCUGCCGCCGCUGGUGCUGUACGAGCAGGACCUGGCCCCGUUGCGCUACCAGCGCCUGGUGCCCUCGCACAGCCGCAUCGUGCGCACCCCAUCGCUCAAGGACUACGCGGCCCCCCGCGGGCUCUCCAAGGCCACGGUCACCGAGGAGCUCAAAUCGUGGCACCAACGGGCCCGGCUGCGGGGGGCCCGGCCCCAUUCCCUCGACCGGCAGGGAGCGAUCCGGGGUCCCCGCGCCGGCAUCGCCAGGGACGUGCCCGUGAGCCGGGGGCUGCUGCCGCGGGCUCAGGGUCCCCCCCCAGUCCCCAUCCUGCGGCGCUCCCCGGAUGGUGUGUCCGUGCAGGUGUACGUGCCUGAGAGCGGCGAGAUCGUGACACAAGUGUGAUGGGGACACCCCAACCCAGGACACCCCAACCCUGGGACACCCCAACCCAGGACACCCCAACCCAGGACACCCCAACCCUGGGACACCC